GUAGCAUCCAGAGCAGGAACACCAGACUCAAAAUCAGUUACUUUCCUCAAGCAGUAAGACUGAUCAACACCUCGACUAACAACCCCUACCCACCACCUGCACCGUUUUAAAAUUUACAGUCUGAACCACCUGAGGUCAUAGAGACUCCUGUAUCGUAAGAAUUUAUAUUUAUUGUGUUUUCUUUGCGUUCUUUAUCUGAGUUUAUUUGUGCUACAUCAGAUCCAUAACACCAAUUAUUUCCUUCUCCUUUACAGUUGUGUAACUUGAAUCUGUUGAGUAUUUGCAACUCAUCCUCUUUAAGAGUCACGAGACAGCUGACCUGCCGUCUCAAACCAUUUUCUACAGGAACUCAGUGAGCUGAUCAGCGUCUGUGGUGAUAAAAGCGGUGAAUUGUCUGUGUUUUGCGUCAAAAUGCUGACUGUCACAAUCUCCUGAACAAGACAUUGACAUUUUCUCCCCCGAACCACAGUGCACGCGCUGAUCCACAAAGCUGCUUCUUUACAUUUUGAAUCAGAGAUGGUGAGAGGGGAGGGGGAGCUGUGAUUCCCCGACCUGUACCUUUGACAGAUUGCCCACUAUCCUUUUCUCCUUCUCCAUACGACACAUCAGCACUGGGGAAUAAAAGUUCUUCCACAGGAACAGUGAUAGCUUUGGCAGUAGUGGGACAGUCGGAGUUCAAUAAACAGGGAAAUAUUCACCUUCAUAGCACAGUUAAUUAAUUUUGAAAUGUGAUUAUCUGGUGUUGAUUUAGACAGCGCCUAACUGUCCAGUUUGGGGUCUUUUGAUCGCAUUACUUUACUGUACAAGCAUCCAUUGAUGAAUCCAAUUAAUACAAUAGCGUUAGGAUAACUCUUGUGUACUUAAAUACUGAGUUCUGAGUUGAGGCAUCUAACAGUUUGUCCACUGUCUGUUCCCAUGGAAGAUGUUCAACAGAAACACAAGGAGACUCUACGGGAACAAACUGAAACAUUGAGAGUGAACACGAUCCUGAUGAGGGAGAAGGUGAAGGAUUUCCAGCUGGUUGAUCGAUACGCUGAGCUCACGGUCAUUUCUACUGUUCGAGAUCGGAGACUGGUGGAACAUGAGCUGCUGGCAAGAGGCAGAGACCACGAGGAGUGGGGGAGAAAAACUACGUGGAGAACUGGAAAAAAUACGGACAGAUCAGUUGUUCCAGAGCAGCUUAUCCCGGAGUAAAUCCAAAUCUGGGAGUUCAGCAGCUGUAGCCGGAGCUGCGGGGAUUGGGAAAACAACAAUGGUACAAAGGAUUGUUUAUGACUGGGCCAUGGGGAAAAUAUACCAACGGUUCCAGUUUGUCUUCAGUUUCAAAUUCCGCGAUUUAAACUCCAUUAACUGCAGAAUAAACCUGAGGGAACUGAUUCUGGAUCAAUAUCCUUACUUUGGGAAUAUCCUGAGAGAGGUCUGGAAGAACCCAGAGGGUUUGCUGUUUAUAUUCGAUGGUUUGGAUGAAUUCAAGCACAGAAUCGAUUUUGUGGACAGUCCUAGAGAUACGGAACCCAGGCACCAGUGCCCAGAUCCCGAGUGGUGGUGUGAAGUGUCUGACAUUGUGUACAGUUUAAUCCAGGGCAAGCUCCUCCCAGGGUGUUCAGUGCUGGUGACCACCCGCCCCACUGCGUUACAUUUAUUGGAAAAGGCUGAGAUCAGUGUCUGGGCUGAAAUCCUGGGAUUUGUUGGUGAGGAACGGAAGGAAUAUUUCAUCAGGCAUUUUGAAGAUCAGACGGUGGCGGAAGCUGUUUCCAAACACGUGAAGGAGAACGAGAUCCUGUACACCAUGAGCUACAACCCCUCCUACUGCUGGAUCCUUGCUCUGGCACUGGGCCCCUUCUUCACACAAAGAGUCAGGGACCCGCAGCGAGUUCCCAAGUCCAUCACCCAACUGUACUCCUACUAUAUUUACAACAUCCUGAAAAACCACGGCCGUGUGAUUGACAACCCCCGUGAUGUUUUUCUCAGCGUUGGUCAGAUGGCCUUCAGAGGAGUGUCCGAGAGGAAGAUUGUGUUUUCAGGUGGAGAUUUGAUCCAGUUCAAUCUGCAGCCUUCCCAGUUCCUGUCCGGGUUCCUGAUGGAGCUUUUGGAGAGAGAGGAUUCUGCCCGGAGCGUGGUGUACACAUUCCCACACCUCACUAUCCAAGAGUUUGUAGCUGCAGUCGCACAUUUCCUGACUCCACAUCCCGGGGAUAUCCUGAAAUUCCUCACUGAAGCCAACAACACGACAGAUGGGCGAUUUGAGGUAUUUCUCCGUUUUGUUGCUGGUCUCUCCUCCCCAAUGACAGCUCGGGGCCUGGAGGAGUUUCUGGGUCCAUUUCCUCAUCAAACAGCCUGCCGGGUGAUUGACUGGGUGAAGGAGGAGGUUAAACGCCAGAGUAGAAACACAUGGAGUGAAGCUGGUAAAAGGAGCCUCCUGAACACAUUUUACUACCUGUUUGAGUCUCAGAAUCGUGGGCUGGCUCAGGACGCACUGGGAUCUGUGGAAACGCUUUCAUUCCGUGGAAUGACACUGACCCCGAUUGACUGCGCGGUCCUGUCUCAUGUCAUCGGAUUCUGUGAAACAAUAAAACACCUCGACCUGGUUGGCUGCCACAUUCAGUGUGAAGGAAUCCAGAGGCUGGGUCCCGGGGUCCACAAGUGCCAGGAUUUGAGAAUUGAGAUGAAUGAUCUGGGAGAUUCAGGAGUGAAACUGUUGUCGGUAGCUUUGAGGAAACCGGAGUGUAAAAUACAGAGACUGGGGCUGAAGAAGGUCAGUCUCACAGAUUCUGGUGCCGAGGAUCUCGCCUCCGCUCUCAGUACAAACACAUCACUGACGGGGCUGGACCUGAGUGUUAAUGAACUGGGAGAUUCAGGAGUGAAACUGGUGUUCGCGGCUCUGAAGAACCCAGGGUGUAAAAUACAGAAACUGGAGCUGGACACUGUCGGUCUCACAGAUUCUGGUGCCCAGGAUCUGGUCUCCGUUUACAGUACAAACCCAUCACUGAGGAAGCUGGACCUGAGUGGUAAUAAACUGGGAGAUUCCGGGGUGAAACUGGUUUCUGCGGCUCUGAGGAACCCGGAGUGUAAACUGCAGAGACUGUGGCUGAAGGGUGUCGUUCUCACAGAUUCUGCUGCGGAGGAUCUCGCCUCCGCUCUCAGUACAAACCCAUCAUUGACGGGGCUGAACCUGAGUGAAAACUCUCUGACAGACCGAUCUAUCCCCGCUCUCCGCCGCCUCAUACUGACCCUCCCGAUUCUGGAGCGGAUCUGGCUGUGGGAGAAUCGGUUCACUGAGAGCGGGGAGAUGGAAUUGAGAUCUCUGCAGGGAGUCAGACCGGGACUGACAGUCAACAUCUGAAUGUGUGAACAUCCCCGCCCGCGUGCCGGGGACAUUUUGGCCGGUUUCCCGCCAUCCCCUUUAACUCCCGCCCUUACCUUUAAUGGCCGCGAGCUGGGGAUAAUUCCCAAUGGUUUUAACGGAACAGGCUCCAGUCUCCAGCUCGGUGAUAUCGAGAAAUAUGUGACGAAUAUCGGGAAAUCUGUGACAUAUUUCCGCCUGUUUUCCGGCGUCCCAGCUUCCCCUGGAUGUGCGUGUUCGAGGCUCCCCCACGUGACACCCCGGUGAAUUACAUAAACAGGGAGAUCCCGGGGGCCGGGGCUCAGUCUGGGACACCAACGACCCGGGGUGGGAUAAUCCCGGGAGAGAAUCCUUUUGCUCCCUUUGCUGAGGACGGUGCAUUCGGCAGUCUGGCCGAUAUAAUGAUGUUAAAUGGACCAAUCCCUUAGCAGUGAUCCUGGCUCUGCAGCGAUCCCGGACACAGCCCUGAAGUGUGAUGUUAUAAUCAUCGGUUCCCCGAUACAGAGUGACGGUGAGGAACGGGACUGGUUAUUCAACUGGUCACUCGUUGUCGCCGCUCGGUUAAUUGUGUGUGACUGUGAUUGAGUGGGGAGCACCUGAUUUAUUCCCGCAAGUCAGCAGCUCACAAAGUAUUUAAUUUAUAAUUGUCAUGAUUAAUUCAAUAAA